AAUUUUAUUAGUAAAACAUAUGUGUCAGUCGCUGUUUGGUAUUCGAGAAGAUAACUUGGUCAUUAUGAUGAGAGGAACAUGCAAAGGGUUGUCCAGUCUUAUGCUGAAAAGAAACGCGAUUAUAAGGAAUAAGUAUGCGACUGCACAAAUAGCACCGUUACAAGAAGCUGCUCUGGCGGAACGUUGUAUACUUGUGGAUAAUCUGGACAGACCUGUUGGUGAGGCUACUAAGAAAGCCUGUCAUGAAAUCAGUGCAGAAGGGAAUUUAUUACUUCAUCGAGCGUUCAGUGUUUUCCUGUUUAAUAGUAAAGGAGAGCUACUGCUCCAAAAACGGUCCAAACAUAAGGUAACAUUUCCAAGUCACUUUACAAAUACCUGCUGCAGUCACCCGCUUGCAGAAAUACCUGAAGAAAUGGUAGAUGAAGAUGUUAUUGGUAUUCGCAGAGCAGCAGUGAGAAGACUCAAUUAUGAGUUAGGCAUACCAAAUACAGAAAUUGAACUUUCUGAGUUUAUUUAUCUCACUAGAAUCUACUAUAAAGCAUUCAGUGAUAACAGUUGGGGUGAACACGAGAUUGAUUAUGUGUUGUUUCUGCAGAAAGAUAUUAAUAUAGAUCCCAAUCCUGAUGAAGUGAGCGAAGUUCGGUGGAUACCUAGAUCAGAGAUCGAAAAUUUUGUCAAAACUGUAAAAUCGCCAUUAACACCAUGGUUCCGUUUAAUGUUCAAACACAAGUUGUUGCACUGGUGGGACAAUCUGGGUGCUCUUGAUAAGAUACAAGAUACUGACAAUAUAACUACACUGUCAUGACGUGCAAUAACACAAUAAUUUUGUCAUUCCAAGAGCAACUUGCAAUUUAACAUUAUAAUAACAAUAACAAUGAUUGGACAGAUUGUCAGAUGUUCUGUAAAUAAUUGACUUGUUUGUCCAUUUACCAGACAUUUCUGUACAGUCUGUAUUAUUAUGUUCGUAUAAUAAUGAAAAUAUAAAAAAGUUUAUAUAAUAAUAAAAUGAUUAAUAAGAUUGUUCAGUAUUUGUGAAACUUGUUUUUGUAAUUAUAUUUUUCUAAUUCGGAGUUUUUACAUGCGAAUAUUCGGUGGUAGAUUGUGCAAUUUAAACAAAUGUAAACAAAUAUAGAUAUAUAUAUAUAUAUAUGUGUGUAAGUGGAUACAUGUGUGCUGUUGCAAGUAGAUAAUAUUUUCGAUGCAAAGAAAAUGUAUAAGGAUCUUAUCAAGAUCUUGGUAAUAUUACUGAAUCUUCGUACGAGCAUGUUCUAUUUCGUUUCUGCGUAAAUGCGAACGACGAUUGAGAACAUCCUGCGAAACACUCAUUGUCAAGCAUAAUCUUUAAUAUGAUAUGAGUAUGAUGAAAUACACAUGUUUCUGAUUAA